GCGUGGGUGCUUAGCAAAAUUUUGGCGCCUCUAUUGUUCAUCUUCAUCUUGCCACCGCUUCCUCUGUUUUUCUCUAACUUCCACCUCUGUUAUCUUCGUUCUGUUAUAAAUUUCCAUCUUUUUCUAUCCUUUAUCUCCAAUCCUUAUUAUAAAUUCCCAACUUUUGGAUUUGUUCUAAUAUCGAUAACAUAUCUACUCUUUCUGAUACUUUACAUAGAAGAUUGGGUUACUUGGAGUUCUUUGCUCCUUGAUUAAAAAAGGGACAAUUGAAGUAUCAAUAGUUCAAUAAAAUCAGAUUAAUGGAUAGUCGACAAUCCAAAAAGAGCCCUCGCUCGGUGACAGAAGCUCAUGAGAGAAGAGAAGUUAUUGCAACGAUGCCUGAAAAUUUGCGAGGCAACAACUAAACGCCUUCUUGCAACUACAAAUAAUAUCAAUCGCAUUGGAACAACAUCUCAUAUACAUGAUAAUAUUAAUACUGGACUGUCCUGUUCCUCUUCACAAACAGUUACUGAGUGUCGAGCUUUUUCGUCAUCCGAUGUCUUUGACAAGGAAAAAGAUAUGAUCCAGCCUUUUCAUGUUUUUGAAAAAGGUUCAACAUCGAGUACCACAAAUGAUUCAUGUACUCCAAUCUCUGAAACAAUUACAACUAAAGGUUAGUUUAACGAUCAUCCUUUAUUGAUUUUAUCGAUCGUUCUAUUUUCAUCUCUCACAAUUAAUUAUCUGCACUAUGUAGGCCGCGUAAAGAAUAAGAGAACUACGAUUAACAUUAACCAAUUAUGCUCUGAUUAUGUUCCGUUAAAAAAGAUUCCAAACUGCUUAUUCUGCUAUGCGAAAAGAUUUCGGUAUGAACCCCCUGGAUUUUGUUGUGGCAGUGGUACAGUGAGAUUAAGCUCUCAUCGAAUGCCAACUAAACUAAAAAAUUUAUAUAUGGGAAACAAUGCAGAAUCCAGGCAUUUCCGAACAUAUAUUAGAACAUAUAAUCAUAUGUUUGCUUUUAGAUCACUUGGUGUCAGUUGUGAUAAAGAUUUAGCCAAGAGAAACUGUGGUAUCUACAUGUUUAGAGUUCAAAGACAGAUGUAUCAUUUGACAGAUGAUUUAUAUCCCAAAGAAAGAAGGUCAAAUAAUUUGCAACUAUACUUUUAUGAUAAUGCAAAUGAGCUUGGAAAUGGAAUGGCUUGUUCAGGCAAAUUAAAUGAAACAAUAGUGAAAGAAUUGAUGGACAUACUAAAGGAUAAUACGUACUCAAUAUUUCUACGAUCCUUGGCAGACAUGUUAAACUUGCAAAAAUUUCAUAUAGCACUGAAAGUGAUGCUGGAUUGGAUCAACGCGUAUAUAAUUUACCUACUACUACUGAAAUUGCAGCAAUAUGGGUUGAUGAAAAUGAUGAUUCUACUACUCAUGCACCACAUCUUCAAAUUUAUACUCACAGUGACAGGACAUAAAGAGUGCACUACUAUUUUGGAUGUUAUGACCCUUUACAGUACCCGUUGUUAUUUUCAUAUGGUCAAGGUGGAUGGAAUUGUGGUAUUAAAAUGUUUCCCAAAGCAAAAAAUAUUCGUAGAAGUCGCACUCUGGCUGAAUUUGAACAAUUGCCGAGUAUUAAAAAAUUCACAUCUGUUGAUAGAUAUCUUGAUAUAUAAGCUCAAAAUCUGCAAAAAGGAAAACGCAAAAGAGAUGCAGUUUCAGUUCGCGAAUACUACUGCUACAAACUUCAGAUGAGAAACAAUGAUGAAGAUGAAAUUUUGCAUACAUGAAGAUUACUCCAGUAGUAUUCAGUUGAUGAAUAUAUAAAAUUGGAGACACAAAGAUUAGACUUUGUUUCAUUCAAUCAAAAUUUAUUCAGAAUGGGUACACUGCAAGGACUUUAUGAUAUUCUAAGACUUGGUGAACGAGAUGCUUCUAAUGUUGGAAAACAAAAUUUUCUGCCAAAUUCUUUUAUAGGAGGUCCUAGAGAUAUGCGUCAGCGUUAUAUGGAUGCUAUUGCAUUAGUGCAAUAUUUCGAUAAACCUGAUUUGAUUAUAACUAUGACAUGUAACCCAUUUUAGACAGAAAUAAAAGAACAUCUAUGGUCAACUGGCGAGGCACAAAAUAGACCUGAUUUGAUUACUCGAGUGUUCAAGGCUAAAAUAGAAGAACUGAAGACGGAUAUAUUAAAAUGAAAUAUCUUUGGAAAAAUUAUUGCUUUUAUAUACACUGUGGAGUUUUAGAAACGAGGUUUACCCCAUGCUCAUUUUCUUAUUAUACUAGGUAAUGAGCAUAAACUGCUGACAGCAGAGGCAUAUGAUGAUAUUAUUAGAGCAGAAUUACCAGAUGAUAAGACAGAAUCAGAUUUGCGUAAGCUUGUCAUCAAACAUAUGAUGCACGAUCUUUGCGGUAGUUUAGACCCAACAAAUUCUUGUAUGAAAAAAAGGGUUACUACAAGUUGAAAUAUCCAAAAAUGUUUGCCAAUCAGACAAUAAAAGGAAACGAUUCUUAUCCAGUCUAUAGAAGACGAAAUACAUGGGAAGUUGUGAAAGUAAGAGAAUGAUAUUUAGAUAAAUCCUGGGUUGUUCCGUACAAUCCAUAUUUACUUGGGAGAUUCAAUUGUCAUUUAAAUGUUGAAGUUUGCUCUAACAUCAAAGUCGUGAAAUAUUUCUACAAAUACAUUUGUAAAGAACAUGAUAAGAUUGCAUUUUGUGUACAAAAUAAUGAUACAACAUAAAAAUAGAUGAGAUAGAAGAAUAUCGAUCUGCUAGAUGGGUAUCACCUCCAGAAGCUAUUUGGCGUCUCUUUGGUUUUCCAAUAAAUGAAAUGUCUCCCAGCGUUUAUCGUCUUCAAUUACAUCUUGAAGGUCAACAAUUUAUUUCUUUUAAGAGAAAUACGGAUAUACAUACAAUUGUGAAUAAUCCGAUGAUUCAAAAAACAAUGUUAACAGAAUUUUUCUCCAUGAACGAAACUAAUGAAGAUGCUAAAGAGCUCAAUUUACUGUAUAAAGAAUUUUCUGAAUACUUUGUGUGGUCCUCCAAUGAUAAAUUUUGGGCACGUAGACAAAAGCAUUGUGUUGUUGGCCGCAUUGUGACAUGUCAUCCAGCAGAAGGAGAACGAUGUUAUCUUAGAUUACUACUAAUGCAUGUACGAGGACUGACAUCAUAUAAGGAUCUUUUGAUAGUGAAUGGAGAGCCUUGUAGUACUUAUAGAGAGUUUGUAGAGAAAAGAGGAUUGUUACAAUGUGAUAAUAGUUUGAUAGAGUGUAUGUUUGAAGCCGCAAGUUACCAAAUGCCAUAUAGUUUAAGGUGUUUAUUUGAUACAUUAUUAGUAUAUUGCAACCCUUCCAACCCUAGAAAAUUAUGGGAGCAAUUUGAAGAAUCGAUGAUUGAAGACUACAAAGUGUUACAAAUUACUGAAGGAAGAGAAAUUCGAUAUCAAGUUUUGAAUCAUAUCAACGAUAUUUUACAUUCUAUGGGUCAUGAUAUAAAUGAAUAUGAACUCAUUCCAGAAACUAUUAGGCCUUCUACAGCAGCAAGAGAAGCAAACGAGAUUCAUUUUGAAAGAUCUAUUAUUGUUAGUGAAGAUGACAUACUGUUACAUAGGAAAUUAAACAAAAACCAACACAUUGCAUAUAAUCUGAUUACCAAAAGGAUAUUUUCGAAUAAAGCAGGUUCCUUUUUUAUAGAUGGUCCCGGAGGAACAGGGAAAACUUUUUUAUACCGUGCUUUAUUGGCAACUGUACGAUCUAUGGGAUAUAUAGCUUUGGCAACAACUACUUCUAGUGUUGCGGCUUCUAUUUUUCUAGGUGGACGUACUACACAUUCACGUUUCAAAAUUCCUAUUGAGAUCGAUGAAAAUACCAGUUGUAACAUUAGCAAAGAAAGCUCACUUGCAGGGUUAAUCCGGGAUGCAAAAUUGAUUGUGUGGGAUGAGGUAUCUAUGGCCAAAAGAAGAAUGUUAAAAGUUUUUGAUCUACUGUUAAAAGAUCUGAUGAAUACAAAUGCAUUAUUUGGCGGAAAAGUUAUAGUUUUAGGAGGUGAUUUUAGACAGACUCUUCCUGUUGUGCGAUACGGAAAAAAGAAGAUUUCAUUGGCGAAAGUUUGUUAUAUUCUAGCAUUUGGAAUGAACUUGAAAAAUUAAAGUUAUUUGAGAAUAUGAGAGAUAAAACAGAUCCUGCACUUUGUGAUUAUUUGCUAAGAAUUGGAAAUGGACAAGAAUGAGUCAACUCAGCAGACAAGAUUGAAAUUAUAGAUUCUUUGAUUAUUCCUUAUACAACUGAAAGAGAAUCUCUUGAUAAAUUAUUCGCAGCAACAUAUUCAAAUUUGGAUUCGUUAUAUUCUAAUUCAUCAUGUAUAGAUUCCCAUGUGAUCUUGACAACAAAAAAUGAUUUUGUUGAUGAAAUUAAUGACAUGCUUAUUGGUCGAU